AGCAAUGGCGAGCACCAGUAUAAAAUCUGCAAUCGCUCGUAUCGGAUCCAUCAAGUAUACAGAACUGGAGGACCUGAAAUCAGUGAGCAUAUCCCAGGAGGAACAAGAAGCAGUUAGAGUUGAGCUGGAAAAAGAAAAGGAUAAUUGGCGCCCGGAGGAGCUACCGAAAGAUUUCGAAUCUCGUCUGGAACUGUUUGAAAUCUCUUCUCCAAUAAAAUGCGUUAGAAUUCCAAAACGGGAGCAGCGACACACUCAAAUCAUCAUUGAUGAGUUUAAGAAAAAGAAGAAGAAUUAAAUAUGUCUAUUUCACUUCCUUUGAUCUCGAAUUAAUAAUAAAUCGAUGCAACUGGU